AUGCCACGUAAGCUACGUAAGAAUAUACGUAAGAGGAAGAGAGCAUUGAAACAUCCAAUAGUAAAACUGACACCACAACAACAGUUGCAACAACAAAUUAUGAAUGACCCCACUAUGUUGCAACAAAUGUCAAGCAACCCUAUGCUUUUAAACCGAGUUAUUGGUGCACAGAGUGGAGGUUUAAGAGCGGCACUUUUAGCGAAAAUGGCAGGCUAUGGUGGAGCUGCAGACGGAACAGCUUAUAACCCUCAAAGUCAAAUGAAUUUGAGUUCACUCAAAAAUCAAAUAACAGAUGUCAAAAAGUCAAACAUAGACAUACAGAAACAAAUAAGUGAAAACGAAAAGAAACUAGAAUAUGACAGACACACAAAGAAACUAAAUGAGUUAAACGUAGAGAAAAAGAAGAAAGAAGAACAACUGAAAGAACUAAGUACAGAGGAAUAUGCGAAAAAAGUGUCAGAAAAAGCAGCAGAAGUAGCAAAAAUGGAACAAGAUGUUAUAAAUUUGAAAAACCAUACUACUCAAUAUAAAGUACUGAAAGAUGAAGAGAUAAAACAAAAAGCCCUGAAGACAUAUAUGGAUAGCGAUGA